AUGUCAUUAACAAGUCAACAACGUAUUAUUCUUGUUACGGGGGCAAACAAGGGUAUAGGUUUUGAGGUUGUGAAAAAGCUCGCGAAAGAUUCAUCACUCACUAAUACUGUUAUUCUUCUUGGUAGUCGUGAUUUAAAACGAGGACAAGAUGCGCUCACCCGACUUGGCUGCCCAAACAAUGUCUGUGUGCUUCAUUUAGAUGUGACAUCAUUGGAAAGUAUUCUAGCUGCGAUCGAUGAGAUCAAAUGUAAGCAUGGCGGUCGAUUAGAUGUAGUUAUCAAUAAUGCUGCUAUUGGAGAUCUAGAAUUCACGAUUGAUACAGCCCGAAAAAUGUUUUCGACUAACUAUUAUGGUAUGAAAACAUUAAAUGAACAUUUGCUUCCUCUCAUACGAGAGAAUGGCCGUGUGAUCAAUGUGAGUAGUGCAUGUGGUCCAAUUGUACUGUAUGAGGCUUCAAAAGAUCUUCAAGAUAAAUACUCUUCGUCGACAUUGAACUUAGAACAGCUUGAUUGUCUUGUCGAAGAUUUUAUCUCAGCUGUUGGAACCAAUACUGUUGGUGAACUAGGUUACAAUCCAAAAACAUUAUAUCUAAUUUACAGCGUUACAAAGGCGGCAGUUAUUUCUCUCACCCGGAUUGAAGCACGUCAAUGGUUUGAUACCAAAAAUAUACUUGCAUUUUCCGUGUGUCCAGGAUUAUGCGCCACCGAUAUGACAAAUAAUGCUCCCGAUGGUUCUCCUGCUGAAGUGGGUGCUGAUUCAAUCUUGCAUCUUGUCAAUACUGAUCAAAGCAGGCUCGAAAACGGUUGUUUUUAUCGAGCUGGCCAACAACUACCACAAAUUGGCAUGCUCAGUCGUAAAAAUUGA